GGCUUCCAUCUCACAAAAUUACCCAGUAGCCGUUGACGGCUCUGUAGGUGACGGAUCGAGUCCAGUGUUACAAUUUUCUUUCCCCCUUUUCGUUUAUUUUUGGGAUAAAAGAAAAAGGAGUGCAAGUAAGCCGAAUACCUUUUUUAUCUUUAUAGUGCCACUCAUUUAUAAGUUAGUGCGAUCUAGCUACUGCAAAGACCUUAUGUAGGAGAAUAACGUUGCCUAGCUAGCUGGGUCACUUGCUAGAAAGCUACGCGAUAGCAUAGCUAACCUCAUUCUGCGAUACAACCUCGAGACAAGUCGGGACAAGAGCAGUCUCAGGGCUCACCAUACUCAAUGAGCGGACAGCGCAAUGUCAGAGCGCUCUGGGCAAACUGCAAAGGGGAAGGAAGGCAAAACCAAGUAUGCGUCUCUCAACCUGUUUGAUACAUACAAAGGAAAGAGCCUUGAAACACAAAAGCCUGUUGUUCCCCCCCGCCAUGGCCUGCAGUCUCUUGGUAAAGUUGCCUCCGCACGGCGUAUGCCACCCCCUGCCAACCUGCCCAGUCUGAAGGCGGAGAAUAAAGGCAACGAUCCCAACGUCUCGCUCGUUCCCAAAGACGGCACAGGAUGGGCAAGCAAACAGGAACAAGCAGACCCAAAGAGUACCGAUGCAUUGUCGGCACCGCAGCCGGAAUCGCAGCAGCCUGUGGCUUCACCGAUGCCUGCACCGACCCGCCCGAGAACCCCGCCAGCUUCAGAGGCUCUGGCCCCAGCUUCAACCCAGGCCGUAGGGGCAAGGUCCUGGGCACAGGCCAGUGUUACACAUGGAACACAAGGGGAUGGUGGAAAGGGAUCAAACCAACCGUCGCCAUUCUCUCGCGAGGAAUUUCCCACCCUGCAGGCGGCUGGCGACCAGGACAAAGCUGGCAGAGAACAGGGCACUGCAGAUCAGUGGUAUGGGCCCGGACCAAGCCUCCGCCCCCAGAACGUUACAAGUUGGCGGGAUGGUGGGGGCCGAGCACUGGCACCCACCCUGUCUGGGGAGGGGGCAGCGGAGGGUGGCACUGGUGGGGCUCUGGUGAUGGAUGGGGCAGCUGGGGUCCCCCCGCCGAACUCUCAGUCCCAUGUGCCACCUAGAAACCCUCCCUCAGGCAGCCCCGCCUUGCCCCUGCCCCAACCCCCUGUGGGGCCUGGGUUCCCCCAGUACCGAGGGAUCAUGCCUCCCUUCAUGUUUCCUCCCUAUCUGCCUUUCCCGGCCCCCUAUGGCCCUCAGGUACCCUACAGGUACCCGGCACCUGGGGAAGGGUCCGCUCCAAGGUUCUCUCGUGGGCAAGGUGGUCCUGAUAACAGGCCUCAGGGCAGUUCACGUGAUGCAGGUGGAGAGAUUGUAAAGCGGCCCUCUAUCCUAAAGCAGGAUGACUUAAAGGAGCUAGAUGAGCUUGACCAUGAUGGAGAUGAGGGGUGGGCAGGGGCUCAUGACGAGAUUGACUACUCUGCCAAGCUGAAGUUCAGUGACGAUGAAGGAGAUGAAGAAGGGGAUGAGGAGAAAACCGAAAACAACAAUGACUCAUGUGAGCAGCAGAGGUCCCAGGAUGCCCCACCUGCAACCGCUCGCUCUCGAGCCUCGGACAGUGGCGGAGAAUCACGUCACACCCCUUCCUCUAAUGCUGACAAUGGCCCCCAACCCCCCUCCAGCAAGCCAGGAUGGGCCGAGGAGGGAGGCAGUGGCUGGGGGGGCCAGGGCGCACCAUCCAACUAUCAGGGGCGCAGGCCUGGAUUGGGUGGUCCCCGGGAGCAGCCCUCCCCCCCACCUGGGCCGCUCCUCGGACAAGGGCCUUACUCCUUUUACCGACAGGAUCGGUCCCACAACCAGGGAGCCUCUCUAGUCCCAGGGAAACCUGCUGCCACCCAGCAUCAGCAAGGAACAGGAGGCCCUACUCCUCCUCCUCCUCCUCCUCCUCAGUCGGGUCUGCUUGUCCACGGGGCCCAGGGAGAUGAUGAGGAUGAGACUUGGCGUCAGCGCAGGAAGCAGUCCUCCACCGAGAUCUCUGCUGCUGUGGAACGAGCCCGUCGCCGACGUGAGGAGGAAGAGCGUAGGAUGGAGGAGGAGAGACGCGCAGCCUGCGCAGAGAAGCUAAAGAGACUGGAUGAGAAGCAGCAGCAACAACAGGGCAGCAGCAUAGGAGGUGGAGGUGGUUCCAGCAGUAAAACUCCCAGUCUUGAUGGAAACUCUGCAGCUGCCACAGCAGGCAGCCCUAGUCCAUCUGUUUCGGCCUCCUCCCCCAACAUCAGCCAGCCUCCAUCCCCCUGCGUGGAUCCUGAGGAGCCUCCAGUGCUGGCUGUGCAGCCGGGUCCCAGUCCUGGAGUCAGUGACCGACAGCGAGCCAGCAGCAACAGCAGCUAUGACUCCAGUGCAGAUGCCCAACAGUGUCCCCAGCCAACUGUGUCACAGCCACAGCAGCCCACACUGGAUGUACCUUUACCAGGAGAAAUUAAGGAAGAGGCCAUGGGCAGUCCUCACAUUCGCUCAGGAAGUGGAGGUGAACGAGGAGUUGACCCAGUGAAGAUUGAGAAUAUCGGAGGGGGAACAGGUCGGCAAGCUGGUGGCCCUCCUGGCCAGGGAUACUCAAAGUACCAGAAGUCUCUUCCGCCUCGAUUCCAGAGGCAGCAGCAGGAGCAGCUGCUGAAGCAGCAGCAGCAGUGGCAACAGCAACAACAGCAGCAGCAGCAGCAGCACAGCCAGGCAUCACAAAGCCAGUUGUCCCCCCAGCCCCAGGCUCCACAAGGUCCUUCACCAGGUUCAACACCCCAAUCUGGGCCUGGACCCAAGCAGGGUGGACCCCUGUAUCAGCCUGGCAGUAUGGUUCGACCCCCACCCUUGCCAAUGAAUUUCGACCCUCGCUGGAUGAUGAUGCCCUACAUGGACCCUCGCAUGAUGCAGGGCCGCCCUCCACCAAUGGACUACUAUCCAGCUGGCAUGCACCCCUCAGGACUUAUUGGGCGUGAGCGAUCUGAUUCUGGAGGAUCUGGUUCAGACCCCUUUGACAGGCAGCAACAGCAUCCAGGGCACCCUCACCGUGGGACCCCCCCUAUGGAUCCUAAGCUGACCUGGGGGCCAGAGGUAUUCCCUGGUGGAGGGGAGGGCCGUGGACUGGCAUCCCCGCUCAGGCAGAAGCAGGCAUUAGAGGAUGAUGAUGGGUCCAAAGGACCCAGGAGCGACACUCCUCCACAUCGCAUUCGAGAGGGUGGAUUGGGGCCCAUUCAGCAGCCCGGCUCCAGUUCUGGAACAUCCAAUCAGACUCCACCUCCAGUUGGCACUCAAAUUGGAGUCCAGGGUGGCAGCCACCACCCUCAGCACUUCAUGAGUGGACGGGGCAACUACAGCAACUUCCCUGACCAGGGUGCAAGGAUGCUUCCCCACCAACAGCAGCAGAGGGCGGCUGAGAGGGGAAACCAGCCGCACAGCUUCGCCCACCAGGAUGAAGGUCCUCCCCGAGGAUCUCAGCAGGGCCAGAUAUGGGGAACCCCACACCCACACUACGAUCGCAACGGUCGAGCUGAUGUCCCCCCUGUUGAGAGCAACUCUCAUCUCCACCACCAUCACGGCCACCAUCCUCAGCAGGCUCACUUCCCUCUCCACCCCCAUAAGCCAGAAAACAAUCGUGACAGGGUUGUUGAGGCUCCUGCUAAGAAGACAGACUCUUCUCCCCCAAUCCACCAACCUUCCCUCUCCUCUUCCUGCUCUUCCUCCUCCUCCUCUUCUGCUAGGGACGAUGGGAAUGUCAAAGUUGCCCAGCAUCAUCACCCAUCCCACAGAGAGGGUGAAUCUGGUAUCGGGUACAGUCUUGGGGAUAGAGGAAACAAUGGCAGCAGUGGCAGUAGCAGCCAUGUGAAACAGGAGAAAACAGGCCCGUCAUACCUCCCCCAUUCCUCUAUGACCGCUAGCCCUCCUCCCUCUCAACAUGGCAGUCAUGCUCAACCUCAGCAGCAGCAGCAUCCACAUCCUAAAUCAAACCAAAGAGGGGGACGGGAACACAAGACGGAGACUCAGUGGGGCCCACGGCCUGGCAGCAGCAGCACGGGUGGAGGGUCCUCUCAUGGCAGGAGAGCCAAUAAUGCAGGAGGUGGAAACCAGUCCCGUGGAGGAGAGGACUCCUCCAACGCUGCAUCAGACCACAAGCCCUCCAACCAGACAGGAGGCAGCAAUGCCAACAAAAGGGCUGGCCCCAUUAAAAAGCCAGUGCUGAAGGAAAUGAAGAGAGAUGGAGAAGUGGAUGGAGGAGAAAAAACAAGUGUAGGGAAAGAUAAAGAGCAAGAUGGUGGCCAGCCUGCCUCCAUGAAACAGGAUGCCUCCUCCAUCUCCCAGAACACAUCGGCUCCGUCUAAAGAUGAGACAGCACAGACAACCAAACCCAGGACUGGAGGAAAAGAAAGAUCCUCAGGAGGAGGUGGGGGAGGGUCCGGUAGAGGGCCCAAAGAUGUAGACAACACUUCUUCAGGAUUUUCAGGGUCCUCUAGGAGGGACAGAGAUCGCUCCUUCGAGAGGGGAGGCAGCACCUCCCACCACCAUGGAGUCCCUGCUAAAGGCGGCAGAGCCAGUCGUGGACGAGGAGGAGAGUUCUUUGGGCGUGGCCGUGGUUACCGUGGCACUUACACAGCCACUGCUGGUCCUAGUGGUGGCAGUCGGGGCAGAAUGGGGGGCAGGAGUGGCAGAGACUACCGAUCAUCUGUUGCCAGUGGCCACCACCAUGAUUCCAAAGGUGAGGGGGCCGGUGGCAGGCAUGGUCAAGAUCGGUCUCAGCAUAACCCAGCCAGAGCCAGGAACCGAAGUGAAACCCGCAGUGAGGGUUCAGAGUAUGAGGAAAUUCCCAAAAGAAGGCGGGAGAGAGAUUCAGAGACUGGCAGUGAGAGUGGGGCAAGUGACCUUGGUCAUUCAGACAAGGAUGACAGCCAGAAACCCAGCACGAAGAAUGGCCCUGAGCAUGCCAACACCAGUGGCGGCGGUACCAUGUCGUCUGCACCUCCCAGAGGUUCCCAGGCCCGUGUCUUCACCCCCAGGGGUGUGCCUUCUAGGAGGGGCAGGGGUGGAGGUAGUGGAGGAGGAAACAUCUACAGGGGUAGUGGCAAUGUUGGAGGAGCACCUGGUGGACACCGGGUUGGACCCAACUCAGCCUCUCACGGUGGACCCUCUAAGUCAUCAGCCUCGGGCCGAAAGCAGCAAGGCCCACCACAAACGUCUGGGCCCAAAGACUCAGGCAGGGGAGGAAAUGGAGGAGAGAAGAAAGACAAAAUCGCUGAGACAAGUCAAGCUCAAAGUCAGGGGUCCAAUGCCCCCCAGCCGUCCUUGCCUGCUGCAGCUCCUGCCACUCUAGGUUCCACUGAAAACGGAGGAAUUUUGACUCAGCAAGCUUCAACCAACCCUACAUCAAACUCUGGAGGGCCAAAUGCACUCCCUCUUCCCGCCAGCCGUGGCUUCCCCCCCGGUGGAUUUGAGCGACCUCCUAGACGUCGCCGCCACGGGCGUUCCCAGCAUCAGCAGGACAAACCACCCCGCUUCCGGAGACUGAAGGAGCGUGAGAAUGCUGCACGCAUCAAUGGAGGAGUUGGGGUCAUUGGGGGAGGAAGGCCUUCCACUCCUUCGCUAAAUUCAGUUCAAGAGAGUAACGGAACCCCCAUCUCUGCUCCCAUGACAGGCAGUGGCCAGAAUGCUAACCACAACACCACAGUGACAACCAACAAUAACAGCAGUGGCGGGCAUCUUAGCAAUGCAAACAGCCACCACCAUCACCACUACAACCAGGGAAACGCUGGGCCGACUCAUCCUCAGCACCACCACAGCCACGGAGCAAAGUCCCCUGACUUCACCAACCAGAACUCAGACCAGGCCAAUGAGGAGUGGGAGACUGCCUCUGAGAGCAGCGACUUCACAGAGUUCAGAGACAGGGAAGGAGGAGGAGGAGGGAAGUCUUAUUCUUCUCACCAUCCCCACCACCUGGGAAGGGGGGGAGGGGGCACCGGAGGUGUGGUCGAGCGCGAGAUGACAGGAAAAGAGCCCUCAGCUAAUAAGAGAAGCUUCUCCAGCCAACGUCCUGGCAUGGAGCGACAGAACCGCAGGGUCAACGCUGGAGGAGGUGGAGGUGGAGGAAGAGGUCCGCGGGGCCCGCCUGGUGGCGGCUCCGGCGGGCCCGGCAACGGAGGCAGCAACCGCGGGGAGAAACGUAGCAACUGGCCCUCCCCAAAAAAUAGGAAGUGAUUGAAUAUUUCUAAACAUUUCAAAUAAACCCCACCCACAUUAAAACCACCCUCUUACAUCUUAACCCGUUUUUGAUUUCAUGGCUUCUGUUGGCAUCCCUAAACAUAUUAGUGUAUUGUACAGUAUAUGGAGAUGGUAUUCAAUUCAGUUUUUUCCCCCGCCCUCACCAAGGUUACGUCUUCACAUCAGUCUGCUAUUUACCGUCCGUUAUUGUAAAUUUCUGCGUUUGUUCCAUCUCGCUCUCUGCUCAUUUACGCUCCCCUCCCCCCUUUUACCUUCCCUCGAGAAUCUCACCCCAGUUGGAUUUGACAAGCAUGUGGUUCUGCAAUGGAGGUGCAUGUGGUCUUGACAGAAGACAUUCACACAGAGCUCCACACACUUGCAUAUACAAGCACAAAUAUGACAUCUUUACAAACACAUGCAACGCAUGCAGUCGUGUGAGUGUAAAAAUGAAAAUGUGAGAUUCAAUUGGCAAAUAUGCUUGGAUUGGGCUAAUUUUUAUAUUUAUGGUGUAUAUUUCUACCACACUUUGGCCUUGGGUGGUAUUCAGUAGUGCAGUACUGCAUUACUUCCCUCACAAAGGGAAACAGUGCAACUUCAUCUUUUAAUGAGAACAGUGUAACAUAAGAUGUUUUGUUUCUCCUUGUCUUUCUUUCUUCUUUUUUUGUUUUUUGUUGUUUUUUUUGUUUUUUUUUUUGCUCCCUGGAUCAGUUCAAUUUCAACCUCUGGGAAAUGUUGGGUGUAUGUUUAUCUCCCCCCUCCCCACCCCUCCUAAAAAGCAGGUCAUUAGUAUACCUUUUUAUUACGUUACCCAGUUCCUUCCUCAGCUUGCUUUUUGGUUUGGUCUCUUGCAGAGUAUGUGUCUGAUUACUGUGAUAUGACCCAUUUGAAGUACUACUGCUCCGUGCUCUCCUACAUUGACUUGUCUUUAAUAUCAAUGUUUCUGCUGCUUGUUCAGAUAAAGGGUGUGAUUUUUUUUUUUUUUCUUUUCUCUCUUCGCCCCCCACCCCCCCACCCCCACCUCCACCCACUGAGUUGUAGACCUGCUUUGACAUUUCAUGAGCUUUUACUCGGUCCUUUUUAGGAAAUAAAGGCUUUACAGCGUCAUCAUAGCAUCCCCCUUUUAUCAAUGGAAACUCUGUAUACAAAUUCAGAUUUAUCCCAAGUACAGUAGUUUUACUCUCUCUCACUCACGAGUUUUGUUUACCUUAUGAAGACUGUAUUAGUAGGUUGAUGGUUUUAUUUUAACAACCAUUGUUUCCUCAGCGACUUCCAUUUUUAGAGAACGAAAAUGUAGGUCAUGAUGGAAAGAUAAAGGAAAAAAAAUGUUUGACUUUGAUAAAAUUGUUUAUAUUUCAAGUAGUUAAACGAAUAUGUUCUAAGAAGCACUCCUUGUAGUAUAACAAAAAUCCAUGGUUGCUGUUUUUUUUGUGUGUGUGUGCGCGCGCGUGUGUUUAUGUUUAAGGCAAAUUUCAUGUAAUUACAUGCAACAGGACAGGUACUCUGUCUGGGCCCAGAGUACAGAGCUAGGCUGAGUAUUGUACUAUUACACCCUCCCCCUCUCUCUCUGUGCUCUUGUGGAGACUCCUCACACCAAGAUGGACUACUACCAAGAGCUCCUUGUCUGAGGAAGUAUUUUUCAAAGUGUGUGUUCUCGGGAUGGCUGUUUGCAGCACACGGUGGCCACCAGUAGCCCAUGCUAGUCGAAUUCAGGACAAAGCUGAAAGGGUGACGAGGCGUCACGCGAGUCACCUUCUACAGUGCGCACGCGGUUUCCAAGAUUUCGUUGGCAGCAAAUAAUGCCGGGCCUGAAGUGUUGAGGACCUGUUGGAUUGAUGUAGGAUUACACUCGUUAAACAUAGUCUGUAUCAUACAUGAAAGGACAUAAAAUGGCACACAGCUUGGAGAAAGAAAAAAAAAUGACUGGAGACAACAUCCAGUGUGAACUAAAUCGAUUUAUACAUCUGCAUCAAUUCUGUCACUGCUGUAAGUUGGGGUUUGUUUGUUUACUGACAACAGUUUGAAGAUCGUCUCUGGGAUGUUGUGAGUAGGGCAUUCGAUGAUUUGUGUACCUGUGUGCGUGCGUGUUUGUGUGUAUGUAUGUGUGUGUGUGUGUGUUUUCUGGUGUCUGUGUAAUAACUGGGGAUGGGGUGGGGGACCAGAGGGUUAACAUGAAUGGCAAGCACUUUCUGCCUUGUUUGCCCACACUUGAUUUAACCAAUAUUAUUAAGACAAUUCUACUGUUUCUUAAAUACAUCCACAUAUAUGCAUUCAGCUGUGUGUAUACGUUCAUCAUCCAAAUGAAGAACAUGCAGUGGAGGACUUCACCAGUUUUGUCUUUUGUGUGAUUUAAGCAUACAUUCUUAAGCAGGCACAUGAAGUUGGACUUAUUUUGUUUUUCCACUGACUUCUAAGCAUGAACACACACCCUUGGGUGCAGCUUGCCUUGCCUGUUACUGGUUUAUACAUUGAUAGCUGUACACUUAACACUGGCUCAAAGAGUCCUUCAUCCCUCCUUUAACUCUUUAACGUUGAUGUGUGCAUUAUUUUAUGUACCCAUGUUAAAAGAAAACAAAAGUAGUGUAUUCCAGAAAAGAAAAUACUCAAAGAUUGUACUAUGUUUCCAGCAUUACCAAGGUACCUGGAGUGGUUCAAACUGUUUUUAGCGUUUAUGGUUUUAUUAAUGGAGCCGUAAUAUACACACAUGUAUGUAUAUUGGUAUGUAUCUAAGUUUUGUCUACCCCAACUUACAUUCCCACAAACAAAUGUUGCCAUUUUUAGUUCAAGGGAGCAAUGUACAAGCAGAGAAGUGUCUUAUUAUAAUAAAGUUAUACAGAGAAGGCAAAGUUAAAUAAACUACUUUUGAUUUAAUGGAAAA